AUGGCUCUCUCUUCUCUCGCCGGGCCUUUCGCGGCGGUUCAGUUCGAAACGGGCCAUCAACGAUGCCUACACACCAUGGCCACACCACCAUGACCAUCGCGACCGAGUGUGGUGAUCGCCCGUGGUCGCCAUGAGGCGUCGUCGUUUGAGUCGAUGACGCUCUCGAGAACCGAACGGUUUCUCGAACUUCAUCUCGUUUCGUUUCCCUCGUCGUUCUAUCAUAUUGUUUCGCGAAUUUUUCGAGUGCAGCAAGAUCGAUGGAUCCGCUCGAUCAUGCGCGGAGUGCGGUGAAGUGUCGGUCUUCGGACCUCGCCAAGAAUCGAUAGCGAUCGCGCUUGUGCAAGUGGUACUACAGAAAGAGAAGAGGAUGGAAGUUGACGAUGCGUUUAUGGAUUAUGUUUGAACGUGAGAGGAAAACGCUCUUGUGAUAUCAUCUAUUUGAACGUGUUUGACGCGGGAAGAUUGAUCUGCGAGAGAAUCUCGAUUUCAAUUUGAUCGUUUCUACUUAAUCAAGAGUUAAUUAAAGGAGAUUAAGCUGAAACUGAUGUAAAAUAUAUGACGAUGAUUUAAAAGAGCGAAUAUGGCCGAUAUAAGAUAAAUAAAUUUUUCACAUUUAAACUGACUUUAAUGAAUUGAAACAUAAGUAAAAUUAAAACUUAAUUUAAUUAUAUUAUAAAAUAUAGAAAACGAAACAUAUAUACGUAAUGUGAUAAUCAUUUAAAGUGAAUAUUAAUAAAGCUAAGGAAAACUAAUUAAUGAAGAUAUAAUUCCGCGAUAAAAAAAUCUGUUACGUAACUUUUCUUCUACCGCGAUCGAAGAAUCAAGAGCUUCUCCGUGUGUUUUUGUCUUUUUGUAUCGAUCCCGUAAGGAUGUGGAUCUAACCUGAUCUCAUCACACGAUCGACGAUAAGUCGGUCGAUCGAGCAGCAAGUCGGAUCAAUUCACGACGAAAGUGUCCGUUGGCACGCUAACAUCGAAUUGCGGAGUACUCGGAGAGAUCCUUGUCCUUUCUCGCAGUUGGAAUCUACAGAAUGCAACUUGUUGCAACUGCGCGUUACAACUCUAAGGAAGAUUGAAAUCCGACGAUAUUUUUCUGUAUGACUUUAAAGUCAAUCUUGAGGGCACGAAUUCGUAGACUCACCAAUCGCCGAGGAGAUAACGUGACAAUAGCGAGAAUUCGAAGAAUCAAGGAUGAGGUAGAAUCGAUGAAAUAUGCAUGAAUUUUGAGGGUGAAUUAUUCAGCGUCUCGUGAAGAGGAGGCACUUCGAAGUCGAUGCUUUCGAUUUCUCAGGACAAUGUCUGUUCGGGAACCGAUGUGGUGAAUUUCAAGUUUCUAACGAAACACUUGUCUUUCGGUUAACAGACCAGUUUUUCUACGAGAUAAAUGAAACAAAAGUGAAAUGUGGAAAUUAUGAAAAGAAGUACAAGCAUUAUUAUAGGAGAAUAAUAUAUAGUGAUAAAAAUAAAAGUGAUAUCAUAUUAAUAGAAUUAGAAAUAAGUAAUGUGACAAGAGAAUACUAAGUUAUCGCGCUUGGAUGUAUGUGCCACUAAAUAAUACGUAAAUAAUUAUGCCGACAGCAGAGAAUAAGAAGACUAAAUGCGUUUAUUUCAAGAUUGAAAUUUAUCAAAUCCUAAAAUUGAUACUUGAAACCAUCAGACAUAUCAAGAUUUUCUCUAUGUAAGCAUUCAGUAUUGGAUCUCCCUCCUACGCAAAUUCUUCUCAUCCAGUUGAAUCUUGCUUUCGUUGAAGAGAUCGAAAAAAAAAACGAUUCCAUCUCGGAGCGUGAAUAAGAUUGGUACAGUAAACAAGACGAAUAAAAUGCAAGAUAAACUAGGAUCUGAAAUCAGAUAAAUAGAAAACGACGCUCGGUUUAAACAAUAAAUUUCGUCAUUCGAUCGACGACGAGGAACGACGAUAUUGAGAAGCUCAGCACGAAGUAGAUCUCUUUUAUCACCGGUGUUUCGUUCCCACGUUUUACGAGCCCUUAUUAUAACGAGGAUAAUAACAAUCUCGAGAGGAAGGGACCGUCGGGUCCAUCGAUACAACUCGAUAGUUAAGUCGCAACCUCGAGGAUACAAUAAACAGGAUAAACUGAUAAAUUAUUGUUAUUACGUACUUUUUCCACAUUUUAGUGAAACCGCUCCUUAAUAAAGCAACAAAGGAACUUGUAAAAUGAAUUAAAUAAAGCGAUGAAAUGAAAUGAUGCGGAGUGAAGUUUGACAUAUUAUUUAAAAUAUUUUGAUAUAAUACAUUCAUAAGAGAAUAAAUAAUCAUUAAUAUAUAAACGACUUUAUUUCUAACGCAAUAAAACAGUACUUAAUUAUUUUAAUUAAAAAGAAUGUAAAUGAAUUAACAAUGAUAUAAUAUGAAGUGCAACUUAAGGCAGUCGGUCUCGCCAGUUUAAGAAGAGUCAUCUUCAAAAUAUUCGAAGAAAAAAAGGGGGAUAACCCCGGGGCAUCAUGGGAAAUAGCGGAAGUAGCGGGAGUAGCAGCAGCAGGAAGGCACGAAGCUUGCCAAAUUCGCCGGAAGCGCACAGACUGCCGUCGCCCUAUAAUAAGCAGUCGUCGGGAGUUGGCGGCGCUGGGGGUGGUCCUGGGGGUGGCACGAGUAUACCCCUGCCCGCGACCGUCGCUGCCACCAGAAGAUGCCCUCCGGACAAAGUCAGACCAGCUCCAGCACCGACGCAUCAAUCACAACUCGGAGGUUUAAAACACGGGAACGGCGGCGUGGGUAGCGCGAGCAGUUCUAGAAGUACCAGUCCGAGUCAACAGCAACCAUCUCAGGGCGGUCUUUCAUUCAUUCCGCAGCCUAGAAGUCAGAAUACGAAUCGACAACCCACUGCCACCACGCCAAGCCCUCGAGCGUCCACAGUAGGCCGGCCUAACGGAGGUCUGAGGCCUCAACAACAGGCCUUACCAUAUUCUGGAAAUACCGUCCCGCCACCUCAGCCAAACAAGAAUUCUGUAUUGGACAAGUUUAAACUUUUCAAUAAUAAAGAUAAAAAUCAAGAACGAGGAAAGACUUCGUCGGGAGUCUCAAAACGCACUUCCAGUUCUUCCGGAUUUUCUUCAGCUCGAUCAGAACACUCAGAUAGUUCAACUUCCUUGUGUGAUCAGAGCAAGGUCCAAGCUCAGGAAUCGCCAAAGAGUCGCGCGUUGAAAUCAAAAUUGCAGUCGGCCAAACCGGCAAAGCAGGCCAGUCCGAAAACAGGCAGAAAAGAGCAGAGCAAAGCCCAGAGUAAGAUUGCACGUACGAGCAAGGGUCCGCCGAGUUCUUCGGAGAAAUUGACGACAUCUUAUAAUAAUCCGAUCGUGGAACAGGAUGUUAAAAUUGCUAGUAAAACCAUCGGCACCAAAUUACCUAGUGACAGAAAAACUCCAACUCUUCAGGAACUUCAGGUGAAGCAACCAGUAAUGCAGCCUCCGAAACUAAACCCUCCCGCCCUGACGUCGCCUAAACAAAUCAAUCUUCAAGAUACCAAAAACGUAAGCUUGAAGAACGAACUUCCAACAACCAAACUUUCGCCCAGACCCAAGAUGGAACUUCCAGGCAAGAUACCGGAUUCAAGAAUUUAUUUGCAAAGUAUGAAACCGCCGCCGAAUGGUCUGAACAAAGACUUUAUGAUGCAGAAAGCUAUUCUGGCAAAUACCAACGGUAUUAUCAAGCCAUCCGAACUGGGAGAGACACUUGUUCACGAGAACGAUACUUUUAAUCACACUCUAAGCAUGAACCAAGCGAACCUAUCAGACGGCAAGGAUCUUAUGACAAAGCAGAGACAGCCAGGAGUUUUAGAAGUUAAUCAUGAACAGCACUCAGGGAUGGAAUGCUUAGAUUCACCAUCGAAGACUCGAGUAUCAAAUCAGGAGAAGGUCAUUUGCGAGGAAGAAGCAGAAUCUAUCGAUGUUUCUAACGAUAAACAAGAUGCUGUAACGAUUAAUCGUGCAGACUCGGUAGCUCAUGAAAAGCUGACUAAUGCUGAGGACGAAUUGAUGAGCGUACCAACGCAAAGCAAUUUGAGCUUUGGGCCCGGUAAACCGUUAGCAGGUUCUAACAGUCCUCUUCACGGUCCGAAUCCGGCCGGGCUCAGUCCAGGAUCUAGCAUCCCGAAACCUACUGCUCUUGUAAAAGGUACAUCGAAACCGUCGAAAGAGAACGGCACAAUCAGUGGCGUGCCUACACCGACAAAACCGAAAAGCGGCGAUGCUCUUCAUCGUAAACUCGAUCCCAACACAGUGGCAAUGGUGUCACCGAUGCCGAGUAUUUCGGACCUUAUGUCCGAAAGUUCACAUAGUAAUUCUAACAGCACUGGACAGAGCAACUCGAGCGAUAGUAGCGUGAUUUAUAGGCCAAGCAGCGAAAGCGGCAGCGAGAUCAAGACAAUCCCUAACCGGAAGAUCGACACGUUUGAACAGAUGGAAAAGGUGCUGUCGGAAAGCUCAACGUGCGGUGGUACUCUGGCAGACGAUGAGGCCGAGAUGACUGUAAAACCUAUGCAGCCUCUUCUGCGUGGGUACACGCCCGGGGCCCGGGGUUUGCAGACCUUACCGAGCCGCGCCACGGCCCGACAGUAUACCGUCCUGCAUUCAUCGUCGCAUCAUCAUGUUGGUGGUCAUCACGACUACGCUGACGUAGACGUCGCUUCUGGUUACUUGAGUGACGGCGAGGUGCUACGCGGAGGCGGCAUAAGUGUUGGCAGCAGAACCCUUUCGGAUCUGUGCGACGGAUACAUGUCCGAGGGUGGUGCAUCCCUAUACGCCCGUAGAAUCAAUCCUUCCUAUGGUCACGAUCACGACAGCUUUCAGCCGGCUUGUUGAGACGUUGGCUGAAUGCGGCGAUGAAUACGGGGUGUGGAAGAUGGAGAAGCUGGAAGGGUAGAAGAGAACAUUUUUUAGGAACGCACUUUUCACAUGUCGCUUUAGAUGGUAUAAAUAUACCGAUUGCGUUUUCUCAAGCAAAAAUUUCUUCAUGUUUACUUGUCGCGGGGGAGAAGUUCAAAUUUUGUCAGAAUUCUUCAUUACUUGAGAUCCAAUAAAGAAUAUCAAGAUCACCUUCUUUACAUUAUAUCUUAUCGCGAUGGUUUUUAGGUGUAGUUUUUAUCUACGCAAAAUUGUAUAGCUUCGACAUACGUCGACUGCAUAAAGCUGAAGUAAUCUUUACCUUUUUUUAGAACGUAGAAAUAAUUAAGCGUUUAUUCAUUAUUUCCAAUCUAUUAUUUCUCG